AUGACUCAACCAAUUCAACAACUUCGAAUUAUCGCAGAACCGAAGGCAUUCUAUCGUGAGCGAUAUGGAAGUGAAAUAGAUAAAUCUGAAAAUGUAGCUAAACGUUAUAUUCGUGCUGAAGAUAAAAACCAGUUCAAGCUCGAAUAUCCAACUAUAGAGAUAUCAGGAGAGUGGUAUGACGCCAUUGAUCGUCCUUACGUACGUGUGGCUUCUGUCACUGUGCCCAAUGAGAGUGUAUCCAUGGCAUGUGUGCAUCCAUAUCCACUUGACACUGAUGAUUCUAGCGUUGUGAAAGAUCGCUCUAACAAUGCCAUCUAUUUUCCGAUCACAAAUGGCGAUUUCAUGAGUGGUCGAAAAAGUUUUCUCCUUACUCGCAGGAAGUUACUACAAAAGGAGCUUAGAUCACACAGCCCUUUCCGCGUUAUCGACUCUAAUCAAAGACACAUUCCUUGUAUUGCGAAUAAACAACGCAGCAAACAAUUAAUUAAAUUAUAUCAAUUGUGGAAAUCGCAACUUGUCUUCUCUUUAGCCAAACGUGUUGAUGAUAAUGUAUUUAAUGUAUUCCCUGGCACUUCGGUCUUAUCACAAGUGAUGAUGGAUGAAAUGAAUCAAAAAAGGCACGAAGUCACUGCUGCUGCUGCUUCGGUCGUUACGACAGAUGAUCAAGAUGUAAAAUUUGUCACAUGUGCACCAGAAAAAGGUAAUUGGGCAGGUGGCGACAAUGUUUUGAUGGUUCUUACUAAACUCGACCGGAAAAAAGCACUUCAUAUAUAUUUUGAUUAUGUGGAAUUGAAUCAGAAAAAGAAUAUUAGAUAUGAAUUCGUCGAUAUGAAGACGAUUGCCUUUCAGACACCAGCGUGUUUAAUGGUACCUAAUGACCAAAAUCGAACUGUUUCAAUCGUUGCCAUGCAAGAUGAAACGAUCAUUGCAAAAUUUAAUUUUCUGUAUCUGGCACCAAGCAUCCUGUCGACAACGAAUGUUUGCUCGUCAUGUCAUUCAAUUGAAUUUUAUGGAAAUCCAUUCUUAUCAGGAAGAGCCACUGUUUCAAUGAAAGUUUUAGGAACUUGA